CAGUUAAAACGAUUGGUAGUAUCCUUUAAAUUCUCCUUUUGAUUGGUGUAUUAUCAAUGACGUGUCAAUUUCAUGGCCACAUUUCAAAGCUGAUUUCAGAAUGUAACUUGUAUAUGUUAUUCUACAUAUAUGCAUAUAUAACAAACAUUAACUUUUCCAUUUACUCGUCUCCAAUGGAAAUACGUUCAAGAUGGCGUCACUCAUUGACAACUAUGAGCAACAAUACGCCGUUUUGACAGCUGACAUUACUGCAAAAAUUGGUAGAAUAAGAACACAAAACGGCAGUGAGAAAAGAGCGUUCAUUCAAGAUGUGGAUAGACAAAUCGAGGAGGCUCAAGAAUUGCUUGAGCAAAUGGAAUUGGAAGUUCGUGGGAUAAAUGGUGCAGCUCGCGACCGAUUACGUGGUCGAGUAGAGAGUCAUAGAGCAGAAUUAAAACGAUUGACACAAGAAUUUCAUUCAGCCAAAAAAUCAAAAGAUGAAAGUAUUGAAAUAAGCAGAGAAGAUUCAUGGGAGAAUAAUAUUACAGAAGAUCAGAAAAAAAGAUUGUUAGAUACUUCAGAACGAAUAGACCGUACAGGAAGAACCUUACAAAAUGGAUAUCGUAUGGUAUUAGAAACAGAAGAAAUUGGUUCUCAAGUAUUGAAAGAGUUACACGAGCAAAGAACAAUUCAAAGGGGAAGAGGAAGAUUAAGAGACACAGAUGCAGAAUUGGGCCGUGGUUCACGUUUACUCUCAGGAAUGAUUUUUAGAAGUCUUCAGCAAAGAAUUAUUUUAGCAUUAGUAGCAUUAACGCUUAUAAUUGUUGCUUGUGUUGUCAUGUAUUAUAGCUUUAAAUCUAAAAGCUAAAGAUGAGAGUAGAAUGAAUCUUUCGGUUGGGAUAUUGGCUCAGGAGCCAUAUUAAAUUUCACUGCAUUUCAGAUAUAUGACUACACAACAAGAGACGCUUAAAUAUGACAGAAUGCCACCAAACAGUGAAGAAAUAUUCUAAUAUAUUAUUAGUAAUAAUAAAAAAAUUCAGCUGUCGAACGGUAUUGUCAGUGAGCAUUGUUCACAAGCAGAAUUUAUUAAAAUGUUUGAAAAUA